GAUGCAUCUGCCUAUACCUGAAAUAGAAGGACAACUAAAAUUUUGGGAAGGAGCGAAAAGAAAGUACCAAGUGGCACAGGUCAACCUACUGGAACCUGAAUCAAAGCUGAAACUAAAAAUACUGCCAGCAGUUAGA